GGGACACGUGUGGAUUGCAGCUGCUAGUAGUCCGGUUCAUCUAGAUUAUUCCUGCUUUCUUUGCAGACUUUAAUCGUGAAAGCUCCUGACAGUAUUCUUAUUCUGUUCUUUUGAGGAUUUACUUUGCAGACGGCAAAUUGAUAACCCUGUUUCAGAGAUUGCGUAUUUCAAACAGCAUGCGCAUUCAGUCAGUACUGUAGUUUUAUUCGUGCUUUGGUAGGCUACUGCGUUCAGUUUUACUGCGAAACCGAAAAUAAAGCUUUGUAGCUUAGACGAGUUUUUUUUUUGUAAAUCGCAAUGUCCUCCGGGAAUGUAUCGGAGCAGAGUCGGCGGUUCUGUGUGCUGUCCUGGGAGCAGGUCCGGCGUUUGGACGCCAUCCUCGGAGAGAGCGUCCCGAUCCACGGACGUGGGAACUUCCCUACGUUGUCCGUCCAGCCCCGGCAAAUUGUGCAGGUGGUCCGGGCUCGGCUGGAGGAGAGGGGCAUUACUGUGCGAGAUGUGAAGCUGAACGGCUCUGCGGCUAGCCACGUGCUGCACCAGGACACCGGCCUGGGCUACAAGGACUUGGACCUGAUCUUCGGGGUGACCCUGACGGAUGACCGGGCCUUCAGGCUGGUGAAGGACGUGGUGCUGGACUGUCUGCUGGACUUCCUGCCGCCCGGCGUCAGCCGGGACCGCCUCUCCCCACUGACGCUGAAGGAGGCGUACGUGCAGAAGCUGGUGAAGGUGUGCAACGACACGGACCGGUGGAGCCUCAUCUCCCUCUCCAACAACACCGGCAAGAACGUGGAGCUCAAGUUUGUGGACUCUCUCCGGCGGCAGUUCGAGUUCAGCGUGGACUCCUUCCAGAUCGGCCUGGACUCCCUGCUGCUCUUCGACAGGUGCUCAGAGACGCCCAUGUCGGAGAGCUUCCACCCCACCGUCCUGGGCGAGAGCGUGUACGGGGACUUCCAGGAGGCUCUGGGCCACCUCCGGCAGCGAACCAUCGCCACCCGCAACCCGGAGGAGAUCCGGGGCGGAGGGCUGCUCAAGUACUGCCACCUGCUGGUGCGGCGGUUCCGGCCCGCCUCGGAGAGCGAGAUGAAGUCUCUCCAGCGCUACAUGUGCUCACGCUUCUUCAUCGACUUCCCCGACAUUGUGGAGCAGCAGCGCAAGCUGGAGGCCUACCUGCAGAACCACUUCAGCGGCAUGGAGCACAAGCGCUACGAGUGCCUGGCCACGCUCCACCGCGUGGUGAACGAGAGCACCGUCUGCCUGAUGGGCCACGAGCGGCGGCAGACCCUGGGCCUCAUCUCCGCCCUGGCGCUGAGGGCGCUGGCCGAGCAGAACGCCCUGCCCACGGUCACCAACGUCACCUGCUACUACCAGCCUGCCCCCUACGUUAGAGACGUCAACUUCAGCAACUACUACGUGGCACGUGUCCAGCCCCACGCGCCCCUCUGCAGUAGCUCCUUUCAGACCUGGCAGCCGUGUAACUGAGGUGCUGGGGGCACUGCUGGGGGCAAGGCUGCUUGGGGAAUGACUGCGGUGCACUUCUGUUACUGUGGCAUUUCUUUCCUCGCCGUAGGCAGGUGACAUGGGAAUGGGCUCACCACAUUGGCACCAGCGAAGCGCUUUUCAUUUGUUUUGUUUUUUUUUUUUUUUUUUUUUUUUAGAGCUACAGUGGGACAAAAGAGAAAAAUCUUUCAUUUUUUUUCCUCCCCCAAGUGUCUGGUCUAUCUCCUGGCAGGACUUUGUUGACCAUGUACUGCUGUAAAUGUGAUUUGAGCCUAUCGUUUUGAAACCUUUUUUUUUUUUUUUUUAUUAUUUAGUUUUUAAAAAAAAAUUAUUAUUAUUUUUUUUUUUGUCACCUUUGCAGAACAGAGGCUAAAGACUGCUGGUACUUUUCUAAUGUAGCAAAAAAAAAAAUGUUGUGAUUGAAUUGAAGCACUUUUUUGUUUUUCCUUAAGUUGACUCGAAGACUUAAUAACAUUUAUGUAACUUUAAUGCUGCAUUUAAUUUUUGUUGCAGGGGGUGGGGGAUGAAAAUAUUAAGCUGUAUUCAGACUUUCUUUGAACCAAAAGGACCAAAGAUGAUUUUUGUUUAGAAGGGAAUAUUACUGUUGCAAUUCCAAGUGCCUCAAAUACUGAGAACCUCUAAAGUUAGGCUAUAUUUUUAUCUUCUAGUUUACUGUAAAUCUCUAUUUUGAGGGACUGUGGCAUUCCUAUUCAAAUGAUUAAAAAGACAACUGAGUUAUA